GUUGACGUCACAGAUUACCCACCGGGGGGAAGAUAUGGUCUAUAUCAUAUAGACAAGGAAUGUUAUCACGACGUUAUUUAGCACUACUGAGCAGAUUGGGAGAGAGUUUUGGCCAUGACCCAAACCUGAAGAGGCAUAUCAAGUCCUUGAAGUACUGCAGUAUUAUUGCUACCUCGGCUGCGACCUAAUUUUACCCGCAUCAAGAGAUAUAAUUUAUACAUCAGUAUAACAAGAGAACGUGAUUUGAGCACAAUGAUGUUUUGAAGUAUGAGUCAUACGCACGCGAUUAUUUUUGUCACCUUUCUGUAUAGUAAAAGCUGAGACGUAUCCUGAUGCUGCUUGAGACAUGUACGCGUAUCUUUCAUAGGAUUGAUGUUUACAUGCAUCAAGGACAUGCCGCUACAGGUACAAUCCGAUCUCUCGACCAGACAGUUGGAGACACUCCUGCAGAACCUGGAUAGGACAUCUGCGCAUGUGCGCGCCUUCUUGGCCCCCACCGACGGUCACAUGAGGCAAGAGGAGCCACGGAGGAGACGGAGGCGGAAGAUAUGUCCGGCUUGGUGGCCGUGCAAGUGUAAGCUGCCCAAAACGCUGUAUAAGUACAUGCUGGUUUUCACGUUCAUUUUACAGUUGUUUAACAUAGUGGCUCUCACAGUGCUGGACGCCAUCCCCAAGUCUGACCAAUCACGAAUAGAGACGAUUGUUGUGAGCGCCAUCAUCAUGAUCACGUUGCAUUUGGUGAACUUGGUCAUAGUGAUCAUGUCUACAAUCAAGCUGUCCCGCCAAGUAUACUGGCAUAAUGUAAGCAAGACGUUCUUCCUGCAGAACUACUUGGCCACCGUGUUACUCUUCAGCGGCAUCUAUAGCAUGACGUACAGGAUUGACAACAACGGCUGGGCGUCUGUGAGUUUGAAUCUGAAUGAUGAGCCCAAAAUGGGAUUUUUGUUAUACUUUGAAAUGAUGACGCUGUCCAUAUCCACGGCUACACUUUGUGGCGCCAGUACUAUUACACCAAAACAUUGGUACAACAGCCUUAUUCUCUGUGUUCAAAUGCUUCUCAGCUACAUGUAUUUUGCCUCCUUGAUGUCCAUGGGGUCAGAGUCAGGCGACCAGGCGCCCCCAGCUCCCCCCUCACGAGAAGAAGAGGACGAGGAAAGCGGCAGAAGGUUGACGCACAGGGCAGAAAAUGGCGGCAGUGAGUAUCAGAGAAUAUGACACCACUGCGAUGUUCAUAUUGUCGAGGCGGCUUCUCUUGGGUUUAUACUGAGCGCCAUCUAUACACCACGUGACUUAGAAAAGCCUUACAGGACAAGGUGCUCAUGCUGUUGAGGAGGAGGAGGAAAAAGAGGAGGAAGAGGUUUCACAAAAGAGUUCUUGCCUGAAACUCACAAAAACUGAUACAGCUGUCUGAACUUUUGGAACAAACAGUUUGUUUGACCUACCUCAGUUCUAGACAAUUUUGUCUAGAACAUUGUGUAGCCUCUUACAGUGCGUUUUUUCAUUGUGGAAAUGAAAUAGAAAUGGACAAAUAUAAUUAGGAGAGACAGAUAAAGAGAAAUCAAAUGAUUGAUUUCCCAAUUAGGUUGCCAUGACGACGUACGCUAAUAAAAUUAUUGUCAAUUUUUGAGCGCAUGAUGAGUAACAGUCCACAACAGGUAUUGUGCACGUACCAUGAAAUGGUUUGUUUGACC